AUGCCUUGUGUGAAUACGCAGAAUACGCAAUUGCUAAAAAACUCAAAAUUUAAAGCAGUAAUAAGCAGUAAUAAAAUGAAACACAGCUCUCAAACCACAUUGGGGACAUCUUUCUUCGAUGCAUUUUGGCCGCUCAUAAUAGAUGAAAAUAUCUGCCACAUCGAAAGCAAGUCAGUGGAAUUUUUUGUUUCGGAGCGGCCUUUUUGUCAGCGGCGCUGGCACACUCUACUUGCAAAAGCCGGCUACCCGAAUUAUUUUUCGCCGUUUGGACUACGAUGCUGCGACGCAGCGACAAAGGAAGAAGAAUCGGAAGAGGACGCCGAAAAGAAGGCAGAUGAAGCGGCUGAGCGCAUUAGUUCCGCUGCACAUGCCGAUUAUGACAACUACGGAUCGGUGGCCGUCCCACCCUUGGAUCAACAUGUGAAGCACAAAGGCCAAGAGCGCGAACGUCGCCAGAAGCUGGCCUACGAGUUUGCCAAUCGAAAGUACCCUUGGACCAUGCAAGCACCUACCCACGAGCUGGGUUUCAGUCUGAAGUCGGAGCUGUGUGUCCAAUUCUACCAUCCUAUGGAGCUUUCCAUCCUACGUGGCAUACAUGACUACCAAUGCAAGCUAAUGAUUAUAGACGCUGGCACCGAGCUUUGCAUCGAUGAUUUCAAGCGCUGGAUAAAGUUUAGACCGUUCAUCCAAAUGUUAGUGUUAGUGCGCUGUCCGCUAGUCGAGCGCCACUUGCAGCUUUUGAAAGUGUUUCAGACUCUGCUCGUGGAAGAAAACAAAGAAAACAACUGGCACGACGAGCUCCAGUGUUCAGUUCGCACAGGCCUGAAACACGCCAAAAAGUUGGAGCUAUUUAAAAACUGCGCAGACGCGUUUGUGUUUGUAUUUUCUCGUUUUCGUGGCAUUUGCACAUGUGACACAUUUAAAAUAAUGCAACGAUAUUGAAUCUCUGCCGAUAUUUCGGAUAUCCGCAAUCCGUCUUUAUUGAGUUUUAAAUUGUCAUAUUUUCUGAAUUCCAAUUCAAACAGUUCCAGAAGUGUCCAACAUAAACGAACAUAUUUUGGGGAGUAAAGAACAUUUUAUUUAGUUAGUUUAUGGA